AUGUUGUCAGCAAGGUUUUGCAGCACUGCCCAAGAGAACAACAUGAACACUCUUGUGGAGGGUGCCAACAUACAACACGAGUUGGGUUGGGCAGUUUCAAAACUGAAGAUCUUGGAGAAGUUGGCACAAAACUCCAGGAGAUUGGAAAAGAAUGGGGGACGUCCACUGGUCGACGGCGUCGUUGUGGUUGAUGUCGUGGUCCUGCGAUAUAGCAUGGCUAUCAAUUAUUAUACAGCACUCAACUUGACCAAGCUGGACGUGCUGGAUACAUUCGAGACGAUUAAGAUCGCUGUGGCGUACAAGGGCCCUGAAUCCGGUGAGGAGUUGGCUUCGUACCCUACGGAUCCCGAUAUUCUAGAUCGAGCUCAUGUGGUUUAUCAUGAGAUGCUGGGAUGGAAGAGACCGACCACGAACGUGAAGACGUUCGAUGAUCUUCCCAAGCAGGCGACGCUGCGCAGGAGGGAGGAGGGGCGCAGCUGCUAG